AGGUGGAGUACGAGAAUAAGGUCAAGAAAGAUUUAAAUGGACUUCUGAAGGAAGAAAAAUGGAGACAGAGACCAUUUUAAGUCUCAAACAGCAACUCAAGGAAGCAGAGAAUGAGCGAAGAAAGGCAGCACAAUAUGGCUUGCAUUUAUUGGAGUCCCAAAGCGAAGUUCAAAAUCAGUUGGAUCAAACACGCCGUGAAUUGACUGAGAAAACUGAGAAAUUUGAACAAGAGAAGUACUCUCUUCAGAGAGAAAUUGAACUCAAGAAUCGAAUGUUGGAAAGCUUGAGUUUUGAAUGUGAUUCCCUUAAGCAACAGCAAAACAUGCAACUGGAUAAACAGAAAGAGCAGCUUGCCAGAGUCUAUGGACAAGAAAUCGGCGACCUUAAAAACAAGUUGGAGAACCUGAAAGCAGAACUAGAUGAAACCCGACUCUCGGAGAAACAACUAAGACACAAAGUGGAUCAUCAGAAGGAAAUAAUUGCUGCCAAAUCAGAAGAGCUACAUAUGAUGUCUGAACGUGUACAUGAGACCAUGUCUUCAGAGAUGCUCAAUCUUCAGAUAGAACUCACCGAACUAGAAAGCGUGAAGGCCAAUGUUGAAGAAAAGCUGAAUGAACUGCAGUACAGUAAAGAACAAUUAGAACUCAUAAACAGUAACUUACGCAAUCAGCUGGAGCGUCUACAGGGAGAAAAAGAAGAGAGGGAAAAAGAAGUUGUUUCUUACUGUAAUGCAUUAGAGAAAGCUCGUGAAGCUAACCAAGAGCUUCAGGUUCAGCUGGAUCACGCAGUGCAGCAAUCUUUGGACCCUACAAGUAAAGGCAACUCUCUCUUUGCUGAGGUGGAGGACCGUAGGGCAGAAAUGGAACGACAGCUGAUCAGUGUGAAAAUAAAAUAUCAGUCACUACAAAAACAGCAUGCAUUCACUAGAGAACAAUUGCAAAGAAUGAAGCUGCAAAUGGCUACGCUGCUACAGAUGAAAGGUUCUCAGGCAGAAUUUGAGCAGCUGGAACGCUUACAGUCAAUGUUAGAACAAAAGAAUGGUGAGAUAGAAGAUCUUCUUAUGAAAGUGAGGCAGCUAGAAAAAUUUAAGACUUUAUAUGAGAAUAUGGAAGAAUCCAGAGCUAGUAGUAGCUCAAAAGGAGGAGAGUCUGAAGAUGGUUACUAUGCAGACUUACUGCAAAUGAAACUUGACAACUCAAACAAGGAAACCGAAACCUUGAAAAAUGAACUGUCCUUGCAGAGGAUGAAAGCUCUGUAUGAGAGCCAAAGGGUUCUGGAAGUUGAAAGGAAACUCUUCACAAAUGAGAGGCACUUGCAAGCUUGUCAGAGUGAGAAUAUGAACUUGCGAGUUAUGCUGGAUGAGCUAAAAAUGAAAUACGAGCCUGAAGAAUUACUUAAAGGCACUAAAACUAAAAAGAAGAGGGAGAAGAUUCCAGUGGACAGUACUUGUGAAUACUUGGACAGCAAAAAUACUUCAGUAAAAGAAGCUGCUCUCACUCAGUUGCCAAGUAAGGAGGAAACAAAGGUGACUUCCAAGAACUUGGAGCAAAGCGAUGCUUCUCUGAAAAAACACGCUCUUGAAGCACCACCAAUAAAUAUAGCUCUUCAAGCAACGCAAAAAGCUGUUGAACCUGAAAGAGAAAGAAAGAGAGUUAAAACUAAAGAUGAGAAUCACGACGCCUUUGCUUUGUAUAGCAGAAGUGGAAGUAAUUCCUUGACUUCAGCGGCCCCCAGGUUAACAACUGAAUCCAGAUUUGAAACCAUGGAAGAAGAUGAUAAGAAAGAAAAUAAAAUCACGGCUGAGAAGAAAACACAAAAGAAAAAAUAUACAACCUUGUAUGUAUCUUCUAAGCCAACUUCUGAAACCCAAUGUGCUCAGCAAUAA